ACAUGCUCAACAGGUGAUGUGGAAGAAGGCUCUUCUUGGAAUUCAUAGUAAAGUCUGUGCGUUAAAAACAAAACAGAAAGUGUGUAAUAUAGCUGAUAUCACAGUAGGCUAUAGUAUGUUAUGAGUGUGGUUGGAUAGGGUGUGGCACAGAGCUGUCCCCUGCAGGUGUGCACACAGCAGAGGACACACGGCACAGGUACCUGCUAUCACAGAGGACAGAUCCCCUGGGCACCAUCGGAGACUCAGAGGAAGAUGAACUGGGGCUUUCUGGAGAACGUCCUCAGUGGGGUGAACAAAUACUCUACUGUGAUCGGGCGCAUCUGGCUCUCUGUGGUCUUUCUCUUCAGGAUCCUGGUGUACGUGGCGGCAGCCGAGCAGGUGUGGAAGGAUGAGCAGAAGGAUUUCGUGUGCAACACCCGGCAGCCCGGCUGUGAGAAUGCCUGCUUCGACCAGUUUUUCCCCAUCUCCCAGGUGCGGCUCUGGGCCCUGCAGCUUAUCAUGGUCUCCACCCCAUCCCUGCUGGUGGCCCUGCAUGUGGCCUACAGGGAGCACCGGGAGGCCAAACACAAGCGGAAACUGUACAAGGACAAAGGGAGCAUUGAUGGAGGUCUGUUCUGCACCUACAUCAUCAGCCUGGUCUUCAAGAUAAGCUUUGAGGCAGGCUCCCUGCUCGCUUUCUACUUUGUGUACAAUGGCUUUGAGGUGCCCAUGCUGCUCCGCUGCAGCCAGAGUCCCUGUCCCAACACAGUGGAUUGUUAUAUCUCCAGAGCCACAGAAAAGAAGAUCUUCCUGUACAUCAUGGGAUGCACAUCCAUUCUGUGUAUCAUUUUGAAUUUUGUGGAGCUCCUGUACAUUGUAUGGAAGCAGCUGUGGAAAUGUUUCACCAGGCGGUACGUCCCUGUGAAGGAGAGGGCUGUCAGCGACUGCCAGCCACCUGUAUCCAUUGUCAACAGGUUUGUCUCUGCUGAGUGUGAGCCUAUAGUAAACAGAGAGGACAGCAGCACACAGCCUGCAUCCACUGCUGAAAACCUGCCUGUCAAGUCUUAAAGGGCUGGGAAUGACUGGAAGCUCAUGUUCCCUUGUCAAAGUGAAACUACAGUGAAACCUUUUGUACCUGACAAAUUAACAUGAAAACUGCUGACGUGUCAAUUUUUACAAUCUGUGCUGUAGAAAAGAGCUGUAAAAGAUUUAUUGACAUAACUGGGCCUAAACAGAGAAAAGUUAUGGCCAACUGUAUCAUUCAUUAGUGUGAACAGACUAAUUACAGAUAUUGAUGAACAGUCAAAAUACUGAUGAAUGUUAUGUCAAUAUCAAAUUUUGUCUAACUCUACACUGGACCCAAUCUCUAAAGAUUCCGUUUUGGUGAAGACAUGAUUUUAACUCAAAUUCAACAGCUUUCCUUUUUUGUUAAAGGGACAGUUCACCCCUGAAUCAGAAAUAGGCCUACAUAUUUUUCCUCUUACCUGUAGGGCUAUUUAUUAGUCUAGACAGUUUUGGUGUGAGUUGCUGAGUGUUGGAGAUAUUGACCACAGAGACUUCUGCCUUCUCUCAAAUAUAAUGGCUAACUAGAUGGCACAAAGUGUUUGAAAACCCUUUUGUGAGUAGUUUCAUGUAGGAACUAUUUUUCUGUCUUCUGAAAUACACCUACCAAGUGUAUAGCCACUGCUAGCCCACCUAGCACCACUGAGCUAGCUAACGUUACAACUCAGCAAAGGAGGACGCCAUUAAUGUUUACAUCUUGAGCAUCUCAUCCAUGAGUAGAUGCACAUUUCCUUCUGCGCAGUGAUAUGGUCUAUUGUGAUAAUAAUAAUAAUAAUGACAGUAAUAAUAAUAAUAAUAAUAAUCAUAAUACUAACAAUUAUGAUAAUCUCAGGUAGGGCUUAAAAACUACAAAAAUGCUAUUUCUUGGCAUGUUUACUGGGUAUGAUGGCAGAAUGAAGCCUCAUGAAGCAGUUUCUUUAUUUUCUGAGCCCACUAGAUGGCGCUCUUGGUUUAAAGAGAGAGGCUCAAAGACUAGCAAUUCAGUGUGCUUUCAACCUUUUGUUGAACAAAAGGUGCCAUGUAGUGGGCUCAAAAAAAAAAGAAAAUGCUUCAUGAGGCUUCAUGAGGCCAUCACUAUUUACUGAGCAGAGAGACGCAAUCAAAGACACAAGUUGCAUCAUGGACUGCCUCAUACAGACUGAAAUCAUGCACAAUAUAGCCCUGUUUCCUCCAAACACUUUUGGUAUAGCACCUCUGGAACCAAAAGUAACUUAAGACAUGGUACAUAGUAGACCCUAGGUCUGUUUAGCAUUUCCACUGCAAACAGUACCCUUACAUGUGGGCGGGGUUGUUGUCACUAACUGCUCUAGCUAUCUAUCUAUCCAGUACUUGCUGUAUUUCCUGGCUCUUCACUGGUGACACAGAUGGAAGUCUGCCACUCAUUUAAUUUCACAGAAAGGGGUUGUGCGCCAACGUUUUCAGAACAAAACAGAACAGGCUGUAGUGAGAAUCUCUCUCCAUGGGAUAUUGAAAAAAUAGUGGAUUUGUGCAUUUAGUCCUUCUCAGGCAAGCGCAGGAGUUAAGGGUUGCCAUAGUCCACAGGGACAACUCACAGCCCUGAGCAGAGUGACCAUUCUCUAUUGACCAAUCAACAGACUGACAAGAAUGACAGUUUUUUUGGUUUCUAUAACUAGUAAUACUAGUUACUAGUUAUACUGCAGCUGCAGAGGUGGAGUUAUGAGUGGUUAUUACUUGUUGAAAGUUCAUGGGAGAUACAAUAGCUACAAAACUCUGACCAUAGAAAUAAACUAUAUCUCCAGUUACCUUCUGAUUAAUAUGAGGCCCAAAAUGUUCAAUGUAACACAAAAAUCACGAAGAAUCAGUCUGUAUUUGUUGUUUUGUUUUUGUUUUUCCCCCAGCAAUAUGUGGGUGAAACAGGGUGGAUGUGAUUGGCUGUUGCUUUGGCCUGAAUGAGUGGACAGCCAAUUACAGAAUUAGUUCUGCACUUUGUCUUGAUUGACAAAGAAAAAGGGCACUUGAAAAACAAAUUGCUGGAAUUAAAUAUUCUAAUAUUAUGCAUCAUGUCAUGGAUUCACUCACAAUUUCAUUUUUAUAUAAUAUAUUGUGCCUGUAUUCCUUUAUCUGAUUUAAAAUAUCAUUUUAAUAAUAAACAUAAGAUAAAUAUUGAUGUCUGAUUUCUCAGCUGAUCAUCUGAGAAUCUGUCAAUCAACUGAUCAUCACAAAUUACUUGACCUCUCUCCACUAUCAAUUCUAAUUUUGAUUGAUAACAAAUUAUGACUUAUGUAUGCAUUCAAAGUAAUUGCUAACGUAGAAAGUGAAAUUAAAAUAUUUUGUGUAUAAGUGCCAGCCAGAAAGGAAAAUGAGAAACUAACAAGAUUAAAACUCUUUGCUCAUUAAAGAUCUGUUAGCCUCCUUUAAGCUGUAGUAAGAAGCAAAUUGAUAAUAUCUAACAGGACCACAGGUUGUGUGUAUUCUGAAAAUGUUUCAUGGUUUCAGACACAUUGAUCUAUCAUUUGGCAACACUGAUUGGUUUCUUUGAGAGGAUGAAGUGACUGACUUAUAUCAUCAAAAGCAAUAUUUUGCAACAAUCGGUAUGUGUGUAUGAUGCAUGACAAGGUAUAUAUUUUUAUUUAAAAUGAGAAGCAUCAAAUUUAAGAUUAGCCAGCCUAUUAGUUAUCCUUUGUAUAGAUUUUGUAAAGGUGCAGUGUCUGUUUAACAUGUAUACUAUUCAAAUGCUAAUUGUAUAUUAUUGCUUCUGAACAUGUUAAGUGCAAUAAUAAAUUAUUUAUACACCUUUA